AGAGACAGGGCCUGAAACACGUCCUUCUGGUCCUUUAGGUUAGGAUUAGGGUUAGGGUUAGUCUCAUCUGAGACUUUAUUCUUGUUAUUUCUCUGAAUUUCUGACAACAAACUGUUUAAUCAGUAACAGUAGAAGUAAAAACUUGUCAUGUGACCAUUCAUCAUCUCAUUGUCUGUUUUCAUUCAUCUGAUCAUCUUUUGUUUUUCAUGUCAUUUCUAUCAGUUCUUACCACGCCCACAACAGGAGUGCCAACUAUAGCCCCUCCAACUCUGCACCACCAGGCCCCUCCCACUGCACACAAACAAGCCCCUCCCCCUGUCAAUAAUCAUCCGCCUCCUGUCAUACGCAUUCAAGCCCCACCUCCUACACCAGCAUCUGCAACAGCACCUGCCCAAGCCCCACCCCCAGCACCUGUCCAACCCCCGCCCCCAGCUCCAGCACCUGUCCAAGCCCCACCCCCAGCUACAGCACCUGUCCAAGCCCUAUCCAUAGCCCCUGUACCUGACCCAACAGCUUCCCAAAUCCUGCCUGCUGCUCCAACUCCUGCUCAUGCUCCGCCCCCUGUCCAGGCAACAGCUCCAGUCCUGCCCCCAGCCCCUGUAGUCCAAUCCCAGCCACCUCCUGAACCCAUCCUUCCUCCUGCACCUGCAUCGACUCCUGCCCCAACACCUAUCCCUGGCCCCUCCCCUGCCCCGCCUCCACAGACUCCAGAGCCAGACCGACGCUCAGCAACACCUGGAGGGACCAGAAAAGGCAAGUGAGAGUCUCAAGUGGAUCUGAUGAUGUUUAGCUGAUCCUUGUUAAAGUGAUCAGGUGUUGUCCAGGUUGAUGGUUCAGGUGUUGAUGGAUCAGGUGUAGUUGGAUCAGGUGUAGAUGGUU